AUGCAUAUGUCGAACACAGCACAUCACAAUUUGGAUGACAACCAAGUCGGCACGACUACGGUGGAUGGCAUCGACAUAUUUGGCCGUGAAAGUGCUUAUUUCAACGAUCCGUUCUAUAUCAUACCAAUAUUUAUCAUCAUUGUCACAGUAACAAUCAUUUGCGGCAAUAGUUUAGUCUUAGCUGUCAUGCUCUUUGGAAAAUCACUGUCUAACACCAGUGGGCGAUUCAUGGCGUCGCUGGCGUGCGCAGAUCUUGGCAUCGGCGUUCUUGUUACGCCUUUCUCCAUCUACCCCUCCGUUAUCAACGACUGGCCAUAUGGGCAAGAUUUAUGUAUUAUGGCUUCGUUUUUUACCGAACUAUUUUCGUGUAUCUCUGUGAGUUCACUGGCACUUAUAGGAGUUGAUCGCUACCUUUCCAUUGCCAAACCUUUACGAUACCACGCUUUGAUGACACCGGAGAAGGCACGCAAUAUCAUAAUCAUCAAAUGGAUCGUGGGCAUCUGUCUCUGUAGCGCCACUCCUUUAAAACUUGUCAAGACUAUAUACUACGCUGAUAUAAUGGUCUGUAACGUUUCCUGGGAAUCUGAAUUAGUAUAUUCGUACGUCAUGAUUGGCAUCGUUGUUGUGCCUGCAUUUAGUGUCAUAACGUUCACGUAUUAUCAUAUAUUUCGUGUCGCUUAUAAAGCCGCCCGACAAACAGACAUUGAAGAACAAAGAUUUCAUGGAGCCCAUUCUACAACUAAUAGGAGGAAGAACGCCAUGAAAUCCUUUCUAGUAGUGCUAGGUUUCUCCGUAUGCUGGAGUCCAUGGUUAGCACUACAAAUUCAAGAAAGUUCUGUCUUUGCAUCAAACAACGGAGGAGAACAGGAAGACGGGGAGCACCCACAUUACCCGCAGGCACAUUUUUUCUCUAUGUGGUUGGCUUUCUCAAACAGCUUUCUCAACUUCAUUAUCUAUAGCUUGUCUAAUAGAGCAUUUCGCGCUGAUAUCAGAAAAGUAUAUCGAAAAGUUCUCCGAUUCUGCGGUUCGGGAUAUGAUGCUGACAACGACUGGCAGACAAGCGAAACUGCCCCCACGCACAAUAUCUCAGUCGAAUGA